AUGAAACCAUACUAAUUUGAAAGGAUUAAGACUGAAAUAAAUGAUGUUUAUGCAGGAAAUCAAUCCGCUUCCAAAAGAUACUACCUGAAUUCUAACUCAAAAUCGACUGAGAGGACUAAACAAAUAAAAAAAUCUAAUGAAAAUGUGCUUCAGUUGAUCAAUAUGUGGCAUGAACAUAGGUAAUCUUUGUCAAUAACUCCUCUUAUGCCUGCGGAUACACAAAAACAUUUAACUCAUAAUUCAGUUCAUGCACUUCAAGAUAAUUUAAUUGAAUAAAUUAAUACUACAAACAACAUUAAAUUAACUCCAAAAAAAAAUGAUUAGUCAGAUGUCUACUUUUCCACUUCAGAUCAUAAUUAUUAGAUUCCAAUCUGCAAACCUCAUUUGACUCUAGAUAAUUUAAUCAAACAAAAUAUAAGUGAGAUAUAUAACCUAUUAGACCCUUCCAAUAAAGUUCUGCAAUCUUAGAAAGAAAAUAAGAGAACUAUUUCAAAAUCAAAACAAAGUGAUAAUAAAUUAAAAAAAACUAAGGAAUAUUUAACCACAAUCACUCUAUUGUCAAAUGCACAAAAAGCUGUUCAAUAGUUGUAUAAGAAUCAAGACGCAGCCAAAGCCGCUGAGAUUGAUAAGAAGAUUUAAUAAGUGAUGUUUCAAAUUGAUAAAGAUUUUAGAUGA